AUGGAUCUACCUGGUCAAGGUGCCAAUGUCAAGUGGUUAUCCGAAGUGUUGGAAUAUGCUCUACCUAUGGUACCUAACUACUCUUUCUUUUCGGUUAGGGUUUUUCCAAAAACCAGCUAUAUCGGCAAGAAAAUGGCAAGAAAGAAAGUUGUGUCUAGAAGAGAGGAGUCGCCAUUGGAUUCGACUAAUUCAGUGAACAAUGUUAGGAUACUCGUCAUCUAUGGAGAGUGUCAGCGAAACCUCGCUGUCCAUGAUGGCGGGUACGCUCUCGAUGGUUGUCGGGAGUUUAUGGCAAGCCAGGCGGAGGGGACAGACGGUGCACUGAUAUGUGCCGCUUGCGGCUGCCACCGCAACUUCCAUAGGAGGAUCGUGGAAUCGGAGGUUGUUUGA